AUGAAAAGAAGUAACCGGUUGAAGACGGUUCAAGCCGGGUCUCUUUGGAUCACAAUCUUUGUAAUAGUUGAUAUUCUUGCGUUUUUUGUUCUACUUUCGCUCGCUUGUGUUUGCAUCAAUAAGAAGAAGAUUGGAAAAGAAUUCCAAGGGAAGAACAAGAACAAGAAAGUGGAUGCAGAAGCUGUUCCAGCUGAAGAGAAAGAGAAGAAACUCAAAUUUAUGGAAAGCGGAGGAGUUAUUUUCGAACUUAAUGAUCUUUUGAAAGCUUCAGCAGAAGGAUUGGGGAAAGGAAAUUAUGGGAAUUCAUUUAAGGCCACCCUUGAUAACGGACUGACGGUUGUAGUUAAGAGGUUGACAGAGUUGAAACCCUUAAGUAGUGAAGAAUUUGCAACACAAAUGAAGUUGAUUUCCGGCCUCAAGCACAGAAAUUUGUUACCACUUCUUGCAUAUUACUAUUCGAAAGAUGAGAAGCUGUUGCUGUACAAAUUCAUUCCGAAAGGGAACUUGUAUAACCGCAUCCAUGUGGAAGAGGGAAUAACCGGAUUCCUUUCAAAUGGAAUUCAAGUUGCAGCUCAAAGAAUGAUAUCAUACAAAUCUCCGGAAUACCAAAACCGCAGAAAAAUUACCAAGAAGUCUGAUGUAUGGAGUUACGGCUGUCUUCUUUUAGAUCUCUUAACAGGUCAAAUAUGCACGUAUACAGCUCCUCAGGGAAGCAAUGACGGUGUUGAUCUUUGCAGCUGGGCAUAUAGAGCAGUUAGAGAAGAAUGGACUUGUGAAAUUUUUGAUAUGGAAAUGUUGACGCAAAGAAAUGCUGGUCAAGGUAUGGUUAGAUUACUACAACUUGCAUUAAAAUGUUGCGACAAAGCCCCAGAGAAAUGGCCAGAGAUGGCCGAAGUAGCGAGAGAGGUUGAAGAUAUUAAGUUGAACGAUGACAAUGAUGAGUUUUCUUUCGAACGGUCAGGCAGUACCGAUGUUUCCACUUCAGCACUUUGA